UCUCCUCCUCCCCACUGCCAUCUCCUGCGACGCCCUCUGUCGCUCUCCUCAUCGUUCUCCAUUGUUUCUCCCCGCCAUCUCCAUGUCCUUUGUCAAGCUCAGCAUAUUUGGUACCUCCUUCGAGGUUACAACCCGCUAUGUUGACUUACAACCCGUUGGAAUGGGCGCGUUUGGUCUCGUCUGCUCCGCAAAGGACCAGCUCACAGGCUCAUCCGUCGCGAUCAAGAAGAUCAUGAAGCCCUUCAGCACUCCCGUCCUCUCUAAACGUACAUACCGUGAACUCAAGCUCCUCAAACAUAUCCAACAUGAGAACAUCAUCAGUCUCAGCGACGUCUUCAUUUCCCCACUAGAGGACAUCUACUUCGUUACAGAGCUACUCGGCACGGAUCUCCAUCGUCUUCUAACCUCGCGUCCACUCGAGAAGCAAUUCAUCCAAUACUUCCUCUACCAGAUCCUGCGAGGUCUCAAAUACGUUCAUUCGGCUGGUGUCGUGCACCGUGAUCUCAAACCGAGCAAUAUCCUGAUCAAUGAGAAUUGUGACCUCAAGAUCUGUGAUUUCGGCCUGGCGCGCAUUCAGGACCCACAAAUGACGGGCUAUGUCUCGACGCGGUACUAUCGUGCACCUGAGAUCAUGCUCACAUGGCAGAAGUACGAUGUCGCGGUGGAUAUCUGGAGUGCUGGGUGCAUCUUUGCUGAGAUGCUCGAGGGCAAGCCGCUUUUCCCUGGCAAGGACCACGUACACCAGUUCUCGAUCAUCACUGAGCUCCUUGGUACACCGCCAGAAGACGUCAUUCAGACGAUCGCCAGUGAGAACACACUCCGUUUUGUACAAAGCCUGCCGAAACGCGAACGCGUGCCGUUUAGCGAGAAACUCACGUGCAAGGACCCCGUUGCGAUCGAUCUGCUUGAGAAGAUGCUCGUUUUCGACCCGCGGAAGCGUAUCACCGCGACGGAGUCGCUCUCGCACGAGUACGUCGCGCCGUACCAUGACCCAACGGAUGAGCCGGAAGCUGGGGAGAAGUUCGACUGGAGCUUCAACGAUGCGGACCUGCCCGUGGACACGUGGAAGGUCAUGAUGUACAGCGAGAUCCUCGAUUUCCACCAGGUCGGUGAUUCACGAUUGAACGAAGGCGUACCAGAGGGUGCGCUCGCAGCACCAGAAGACCCUGCUGCCGCAUCCGUCGCUGCGACAGCAGAAUAGAGCGCUCAUGCAGCGGCCCGUGCGCGCCAACUCCAGUGCACUACCGCUGCGAGCCGGUCGGCGCAUGAACGAACGAAUGAACGAACAAACAAACGUUUCUCUCUCUGUUGUGCUCUGACGUGUGUGAGAUGUGCCGUAUCAAUAGGUCUGAUCUGUGUAAUGCCCUUUGACGUCUCUCUGUUUGAACUGUAUGCGGACACUGGUGCUACGAGCGGUGGUGGCGGUGAGAGGAAAUAAUAUGUGGAUCUCUUGCCCGAGGCCCAAGCAUAUACGUACGGGCAGGAUGGUAAUGGCCGGUGGGAAAACGCAAUGUACGAUCCGGGUGUACACAGUACAAGUGUCUUGUUUUCAU